AUGUUGGCUUGUUCGAAGAGUGAGAUGGAGGUCGAGACUCCUCCCCUCAGGAGAGCCGCCCCGCGCCCCCACUGCCCUUCCCGGCGGAGGAGCCCCAGCCCCACCCCGCUCAGGGCCGGUCGGUGGGGGGCGGCUUCCUUCUCCCCGGGGGCUUCCGGCCGAUCGGCGAGCGCUCCUCCGGCAAUCCCCGGCCCGUCUUCCAAAGGCCCGCAGACUCCUCCCGGCGCCCCCCCCCCGCUCACCGGAAGGGGCCACAGCCGCCGCUCUCCUUCCCGGACGGCGUACGCUUCUUUCCCCUCCCAGCCGGCCGGAAGUGAGGCCUGCACCGGAAGCGCCUUUCGCCCCCGCGCCGCCACGCGCCACGCGCCGAAGGUUCCGGCGGCGAAAAGGAUCCGUCCGCGUGGCCUGGAAGAAGUUCACGGAGCAGCGGACUUUCCUGACUCAGAUUCCCGCGGGAGGCCGCGCGUCCCGCGUUCGCCCUCCCCACUGCCGGCGCGCCUCAGCGGCCUCCGGACUACGACUCCCAGAGUGCUCCGCGGCCAGCACGGCUUCGCGAUGGCGGCGCCCGAGGCGAGCGACAGCGAGGAAGAAGAAGCGGCGGCCUGGCAGCGCCUGAGGGAGGCGGCCUGGGAUCCGGCGCUCGGCCGAGCGGCCGCCCUGGCUCCAGCCGAGAAUUCUUGGAAAAGGAACCAGCAAGCCGGUGAACCCAGCAUCAGAGAGAAGAUCUGCAACCAUGAGCAGGAUGGAAAUGAACUGCAGACCACACCAGAAUUUCGAGCACACGUUGCAAAGAAACUGGACACGAUCUUGGACAAUGUGAUAACCCUCUCGACGUGCCCAUUGCGACUCCCGCGACAUGGGAACAGCGCCUCCCUGGAAGAAGACAAUGGCUUUCGACUCUUUUCCUCCUCUGUCCCGGGAGACACUGGGGAGCCAGAAGCUGCCCCUCGGAAACGGUCAGCGUUGCAGCAUUCCAACUCCAGCAUUGCUUGUGAUUCUUCCAGCGGCCUGGAAAGUGACCAAGAGUGGCAGAGAUGCCAAGAGGUUGCGGUGACGGCAGCAGACAUCCUGAAGCAGAGUGGUCUGCCCCCACCAGCGGCCCAGGACUCCGGCCAAACAAUAGAGGCUGGAUGGAAAAAAGUCAAGAAGAAGAAGAAGAGGAAGAAAGGGAAAAAAGAGGAGAAUGGCCAGCCAGAUGCCAUCAAAGCAGUGGGUAAUAGCCAGAACAAGGAGCCCUCGUGUCCCAGCAGUCCAGAGGCCAUCAGUUGGACAGAGACGAUGCAGAGGAAGAGGAAAAGGAGGAAAACAGAAGCAAGAACAGAAUGACCAUCCCUCCAAUACUAAUUUGCCAGGGGGAGUUGCUUACAGAGGGCUCCAGAGUUGGACCUGGUUUGGCUGUGCACCCUGGGAAAAUGAAGGGACUCUCAGUGAUGGAAAACAGCUGCUCCCACUACUGUUGUCUGGGCAGCCGGUGGGGCUGGGAUGGAUCAGGAGGGCUGCUGUGGCUCCUGGGUAGCACUACAAAUUGGGAGGAAGAGAGGGCUGG